CCCCGAAGGCGCAGCAACAGCAGGAGAAGAGCAGCGGCCGCGGCUGCGGGACCUCCCCGUGGACCUGCUGAAUGCCUUGCCCGCAGCAGUUCGCCAGGCAGCUGUGGCUGGCUGCCGCGACCGGGACAGCGUGGAAGAAGGGGCAGCAGCUCCAGGAGCUGAUGUUGACAAUGCAACUUUUCUUGCAACUUUGGAGCCAGCUUUGCGGCAGGAAGUGCUGCUGACUGCAGACGCGCUGGUGCUGGAGGCCCUGCCGCGGGAGCUGCAGGUGGAGGCGGCUUUGCUGCGGGAGCGGGCGAUGCAGCGGCAGCAGCAGCGGCAGCAGCAGCAGCAAAGGGCAGCAGCAGCAGCAGCGGCUGCUGCGGCCAACAUCACCGCUGGCGCUGCGGGGGGAGCCCCCCCUGCGGGGGACCGCCCGGGGCGUGGCAGCCGGGGCACUUCGUCGGGGCCCGGGGGGGCCUCCGGCUCGGGGGGCCCCUCGCUGCCUGCUGCCUUUGUGGAUGCCUCUCUGGCCCUAUUUGGGGGCUUCGAAGGCCGCUGGGGGCCCCUGGGGGGCCCCCACAGCAGCACGGGGGCCCGCCUGCUGGGCAUGCCCGCCUCUUCUCUGCUGCCCCGCAGCAUUCGGCUGGGGCUGCGGGAGGCGCUGCUGGAUGAUGCUGUCUUUUCGCGGGAAGGGGAGGGGCCCCGGGGUGCUGCAGCAGGGGGCGACGCAGCAGCUUCUCUAAUAGCUGCGCGGGGCAUGCUGCAGUCCUCAGCUGCAGCGCGCAGCGCGGCAGCAGGCGGGCCUGCUUCCGGAGCAGCAGCAGCAGCAGCUGCUGCUCGAGGGCCGGUGUUCGCGGGAAUGCCCGAGGAGCUGCUGCUGCUGCCCAGCGAGCGGCUGCUGAGGGCCCCCGCUGCUCUUUCUGCCCCUCCUGGCCUCACGGGCUUCUCAGGACUUUCGGGACUUGUUGCUUUUCCAAACAGAACUGGAGGUGGAACCCGAUUUAGGGUUUCGCAGGGGGCUGGUGGUUUGGCGGGUUCUUUGGGGUCCGCUGCAGAGGCCGCGGGAGGGGCUUUCCGGCAGAUUGACUUUCUCUCGCUGCUGCUGAACGGCGGUGCUGCUGCUGUUGCGACCAACGGAGCAGCAGCAGCAGCGCCCCAGGCGCUCUCUGAAGACCUCUGGGUUGGGUUCCUCACUGCAGCAGCAGGCGGAGGAGGGGGGCCCCACGGCGGCCCCUGGAGCGGCGGCGGGGGGCCCCCGGGGGGCCCCCAUAGGGGCCCCGGCCGCAGCAGUGGCGGCGCCAACGGGGGCCCUCCCUUCGACUCUUCUCCCCUGAGCAUUCCGGGGCUUAUGGGAGUUUGCCGCGUUUUAUUUUUGUCGCGAGGAGUCAACAAACGCCUUCUUUUCUUGCUGCUGGCGUCGCUUGCUGCCUCGCAUGCAGAGACCCGAGAUGUGCUGCUGCUGCUGCUGGUCUACAUCUGCUGGGUAGCUAUUCCUGAGUGCUACACCACGCUGCGGCCUUCUUACCCUGGCCGGGACACGCUGAAGCUGCUGGGCCUGCCGCCAGUGCCGGUGCUGCUGCCUCCAGAGGGGUCGCAGCAGCAGCAGCAGCAACAGCACCAGCAGCAGCAGCAGCAGGGCGGAUUCCAGUGCGAACGCUUCGCCAUGGGAGGCGCUGCAGCUGAACGCGUUCUUGAGCAGCUGCGCAGCCUGCUGACUGUGCUACCGCAGGCAGCAGCAACAUUUUGCACCAAAAUGCCGCACCCGCGGUCUCUCACUUUCCAAGACCUCCUUAAAGUGCAGCAGCGCAGACACAACGCCAGCAGUAGCAGCAGCAGCAGUCACCACUCGCCGCAGCAGCAGCAGGGAGAGGCAAAGAGCGAGGGAGCCCCACCGGCUGCAACGGCGCAGCGAACGGAACAGCAGCAGCAGCAGCCCCAGCAGCAGCAGCACCACCAUGAAGGCGCAGCAGAAGGCGGAGAAGAUCUAGCCCACGAACUCCGCCGCAAAAAGAAGCGCAGGGAACCCUGCAGCAGCACGGGCACCAGCAAGGAUGAAGGAGCAGCAGCAAGUGUGCUGCAGCAGCAGAAUGAGCCCUUAGAGGAGCCCGUGGACGGCGAGUAUCUGAUCAAUGUCCUGAUGCAACUGACAGCCACUUCGCUCUUCCAGACUUCGCCGCGCCACAUGGCUCAUCUCCUUGCUGCGAUACACUUGCUGGUAAGCGGUUCGGCGAGCAGCAGCAGCAGCAGCAGCAACAGCAGCAGCCGAAGCAGGCCACCAAGCAGAUCGUCUGCGCCUGCUUCGAGCAGUCGAGCUCAGUCGACAGACAGCCAAGGCCAACCCAGCAGCAGCAGCAGCUCCAGCGCUGCAGCACCAGGCAGCAGCAGCAGCGCCAGCGCUGCGGUUCCAAGCAGCGGCAGCAGUACUGCUGCUGUGGCGCCGGGAAGCAGCAGCGGUAACUCGGCGGAGCCAGCUGUGGAGGAGAUUGUCCCCGACAACGCACUCAGCAGCAGCAGCAGCAGCAGCAACAGCAGCAGCAGCAGCGCUCAGGAAAGCAUGCAGGAGCGCAUGCUUCGCGUGGUGACCCCUGAGGCCGUAGAGUGCAUCUGCGGGCUGCUAUGCUCUCCUCACGUUGCUGCUGCUUGGUCCCAGGUUGUGGGGUUCUCGGCACAGCAGCGGGAGGCGCAGCUGCAGCAGCUGGCAGUUGUGGCGAAGAUCGUGGGGUGUCUGUACACCUCAGCGCAGCACCGCGGGUGGGUCGACGAGGCCCUGCGGCGCAACUGCGACGCCCUCAGCGAUGUGCUGUCUCAGGAACUUGCUGCUUUAUCCCGGACUUUGAACGAAGCAGCGCAGCAGCAGCAGCAGCUGCAGGUUCACGACGACCUCUGGGCCCGCAGAGAGGCUUUGGAGCCCCACUUUGCUGCCUUCUACAGGCUCUGCGGCACCCUCAACGAGGUGUACACUCACCUCCAGCAGCAGCAGCAGCAGCAGCUGCAGCAGCAGCAGGCUAAGUCGCCCGACGCUGCAGCGGGAAGCGCCACUGAAGAACCAGCCGGGGCCGCAUCAGCUGCAGCUCCACAAGCAGCAGCAGUACCCGCAGUGGCAGGAGCAGCUGCAAACCAGGUCCCUCCUCCUGCUGCUUCCUUGAAUGCAGACAUCGACUUGUCAAGUGCACCUGAGGCGCCAGCGGCAGCAGCAGCACCUCCAGCUGCGGCAGCAGCAGGUGCAGCAGCAGCAGCAAAUGCAGACGAAAGCAGCACAGCGGUAGUCCCCGCGCUUGUUCGGUUCAGGGCUUUCUUUGACGCCUCCAAAGUCCACAAGAUUUGGGAGGGUUUAGAAGAUGUUCUCUCAGCUGUGGGGGCUGCUUACCCGGCCCUGAGUGCAGAGGCGGCAGCAACGCAGCAUAGACACCGCACGCAGCAGGCAGCAGCAGCAGCAGCAGCAGCAGAAGCAACGGCAGCUAGCGCCGCGGCAGCAGCAGGCAGUGCCGGCGCAGCCUCUGGAGCAGCUACGGCAAGACCGGCAGGGACAGACGCUGCAGCAGGAGAGGCGCGGGCUAGGGAAGCUGCCGGCGGGGAAGCUGCUGCUGACGGCGCAGCAGCAGCAGCAGCAGCAGAAGACGGCGAAGGGGCUGUGGUGGAGGAGCGCGAAGCAGCAGCAGCAGGCUCACGCGAGCUUGCAGCGCCGCUGGUGCUGGCGCAGCUGCUGCCACUAUUUGAAGCCUUCCUGCAAGUGCAGCAGCUGUCAAUAGCAGCAGACUUGGGUUUGAAGGAUGUCUCAAUGCUGCAGGAGCUGGAUCUGUUUGCUGCUGCGGCGGAGCGGGAGCGCAGCAUCGCGGACCGCGCUGCUGCAGCAGUUGCUGCUGCAGUGGACCCCCGCACGGGCAUCCCAGAUGCAGCAGCAGCACAGGCAGCUUGCUGCAGAGCCAGCGAGGAGCUGCUGCAGUGCGAAAAGCAAGAAGAAGACGGAGGGGGCUUCGGAGUCAGCAGCCGCAGACACUUGGCUCUUUGCUGCUUCUGCGAGCGGCAUGUUCUUUGCUUCAACGCGCUGCUGAAGCAAAACCCGAGUCUGCUGUCGGGCCCCUUCUCUCCUUUGCUGCGGCUGACUCCCAUGAUGCUUUCUUUCGAAAACAAAAGACAUUAUUUCCGACAAAAGAUCAAAGAGAUCAGACACGCAAGCAGGGCAGACCACGUGCGCCUCUCCGUCAGAAGGCAGCAUGUCUUCACGGACUCUUACCACCAAAUCCGGAUUCGUUCAG